AAUUCCCAAUCAAAAGUGGAUCAAAAUCUCUCCCAUUCUAUUACUAAGAUUUUCCACAAUAUGGAUAAUAUUGUAUUAAAGCUGAGUUCACACACCUUGGUUCUUUUACUUUUCCUAUCUUUUGAGCCUGUUGUUUCUUCUAGACAUAGGCAAUAUUGGGGUCAUGGGAAGAAAUUGAUGAGCUCUGGUGAUAAUAGUGAUCUUGUGACUGGCUUGCCUGGCCAACCUCAAGUAGAUUUUCAGCACUAUGCUGGGUAUGUCACAGUCAAUGAAACCAAUGGAAGAUCACUCUUUUACUGGUUCUAUGAGGCUAUGACUAAAGCAGAAGAGAAACCACUGGUUCUGUGGCUUAAUGGAGGUCCUGGGUGUUCUUCUGUGGGAUAUGGAGCAACACAGGAGAUUGGUCCUUUUUUAGUGGAUAGUGAUGGCCAAGGACUUAAAUUUAAUAACUUCUCAUGGAACAGAGAAGCCAACAUGUUAUUCUUGGAAUCUCCUGUUGGAGUUGGCUUUUCCUACUCAAAUACAACUAGUGACUAUGAACAAUUGGGAGAUGACUUCACAGCUAAUGAUGCUUACAAUUUUCUGCAUAAUUGGUUCCUCAAGUUCCCAUCAUACAGAACUAAGACAUUUUACAUAGCAGGAGAGAGCUAUGCAGGAAAGUAUGUACCUGAGCUGGCUGAACUCAUCCUGGAUAGGAACAAGGACAUGUCCCUUCAUAUUGAUCUCAAGGGUAUUUUGCUUGGUAACCCUGAAACAUCUGAUGCUGAAGACUGGAUGGGCUUGGUUGAUUAUGCUUGGAGCCAUGCUGUGAUAUCUGAUGAAACUCAUCAAACAGUCAAAAAAAGCUGUGACUUUAACAGUAGUGAUCCAUGGCAUAAUGAAGACUGUAGUCAAGCUGUCGAUGAAGUGCUUAAACAGUAUAAAGAAAUUGAUAUCUAUAGCCUCUACACCUCUACAUGCUUUGCCUCUACAGCGAACUCGAAUGGUCAAUCAGUGCAAACUUCCAUGAAGCGUUCAUCUACUAUGAUGCCUAGAAUGAUGGGUGGUUAUGAUCCCUGCCUGGAUGACUAUGCUAAAACAUUUUAUAACAGACCAGAUGUUCAGAAGGCCCUCCAUGCAAGUGAUGGUCACAAUCUAAAGAAUUGGAGUAUUUGCAACAACAAUAUAUUUAAUAACUGGGGUGAUUCAAAGCCAUCUGUUAUCCCAAUUUACAAGAAGCUUAUCUCAGCAGGACUUAAGAUUUGGGUUUAUAGUGGAGACACUGAUGGUAGAGUACCUGUGCUGUCAACAAGGUAUAGCUUAAGUUCUCUAGCUUUGCCUGUGACUAAGCCAUGGAGGCCUUGGUAUCAUGACAAUGAGGUUAGUGGGUGGUUUGAAGAAUAUCAGGGGCUUACAUUUGCAACAUUUCGAGGAGCUGGUCAUGCAGUUCCCUGUUUCAAACCAAGCAACUCACUUGCAUUCUUCUCCUCCUUUCUCCUUGGAGAAUCACCACCUUCUACCAAAUAAGCAUAUUGGGAGCUCUUUGUGAUCCCAUAUAUGAAGAUUUUGCUCUUACUUAGUAAUAGCUAAUUGACUAUCUUGUCAAAAUGCGACGUAAUCCAAUGAAAGUAUAAUGAAUAAAAGAGUUUUGACCCCGGUCUACCAUAGAAGUAUUUAUUUCA